AGAAGGUGGUUCAUGUGAGGAUAGGGACCGUCCUGGGCUGAACUCCACGUUACAAAUAGAGGCUGUGUUAUGAGCAGAGUGGCGGUGAUCGUAAUGUGGAGUAACAGCGCCGAGUGGAUCCGCAGUGUUUCAAAGAGAGGAGAGGAAUAGAGAGAGGAAGGACGCUUCUUCCUGGGACCGGACAGAGAGACGUUUUUCUGCGGAGUCUUGCGCACCGGCGGAGAAAACUGAUCCUUCUACAGGUGGCACUGUUGCUGCAUCCUCAGAGCGCUCAGCACCACUCAGUGGUUGUCCACCACCACCACCUGACAGCCACGAUGUUUGAGGAAGAGUCCCAGCAGGUGAUGAUGGGCCAGCAGCAGGAAGUGUCCGUGCUCCAGACUCUGGAGUCGCCUGUGAGUCCCGGUGGAGGAGGAGGAGGAGGGCCUCUGUCCUUCACAGACGAAGCCGUGUCCAUCCUGACCUCUAGCAGCCUGUUGGCGCGCUCCCUGCUGGGUCGCACCUCGGCCGUCAAGCGCAAGGAGAGCCCUUCCUCCAGCAUCCGGCGCAAGCGCGAGUUCAUCCCGGUGGACAAGAAGGACGAGGGCUACUGGGACAAGAGGAGGAAGAACAACGAGGCGGCCAAGCGCUCGCGGGAGAAGCGCCGCGUGAACGACAUGGUCCUGGAGAGCCGUGUCCUGGCUCUGCUGGAGGAGAACGCCCGCCUCCGGGCCGAGCUGCUGGCUCUGAAGUUCCGCUUCGGGCUGGUCAAAGACACCCCCAGCACCGCCAUCCUGCCCCUCCCCGCGGCUCCUCAAACCUUGACUCCUCACUAUUAUCUCCACAGAAGCGAUGGAGGCCUCCCCAGUUCCUCGGCCCCCCAUGCCAACAACCAGGCGGGCCAGCUGAGCUCCAGGGCCUCCAGGGACGCCGGGAACAUGUCGGAGGACUCUGGGUUCUCCACGCCGGAUGGGUCCAGUGUGGGCAGUCCGAUCUUCUUCGAGGACCGGCUGAGCGACCACGGGAAGUUCUCCCCGCACAGGGCGGAGGAGCUGGGCUGCGACCUCCACCACUCCCCAGUUAGUGUCCACCACACCGCAGGAGCCGCCGGAGGGAGGUCGGACUACACCGAGGGGAUAAAAAACCUUCCCCACAAGCUGCGCUUCAAGACUCCCGGCUGCGGGGAGGCGUUCGAUGCCGCGGGGGACUGGCGGAGCCCCGCAGCGGGACGGGUAGGUCAGAUGGAGGCCCCCAAAGGACUGAGUGCGGGCGAACCGGCGGCGGGGCACUGCGCUGGCUCCUGGCUCCAGCAGCUGGAGGGCGAGGAAGUCAGGAAGGGGAGGCAGUCCCCCCAGUACAAUGCCUCGCCCGCCGGCCUCCAGCCUCCAUCCGCCCAAGGACAGACCGAGGUCCAGUACAAGCACGAGAACACUCACCUGAAGUCGCAGCUCAACUCUCUGAGCGAGGAGGUGGCGCAGCUGAAGAAGCUUUUCACAGAGCAGCUCAUGGCCAAGGUCAACUGAGGACCGGUGCUGUGUGUGUGUUUCCCAAGACGUCUAGACUUUUGAGGAAGUGAGCUCAGAAAUUCAGGAGCUCCCCCGGACUGAUAAACCUCUCAAAGUCUAACGAACUUUUGACAAUGUCUUGUUUUUUUUAUUUCGAACGCUGUAUUAUAUCGUAAUAAAUGUCUCAAAAACACUCAUCUCACAACCCAGCUGUGUAACAGCGACUCUAUCAGCGUCGCUCAAGUCAGGGAGUCUUAUCCGUGGUAGAGUGUGAUCGUUUCUCUAUGUCCCACACACUGUGACGACUACAAACACGCAACACCGUUUACAUCGCAUCAUUCGGGUUCGGUUGGUUCCGGAGCCGCGCUCCUUUCGAUCGGAGGUCGGCGAGCGGGUUUGUUGUGACGCACCGCGAUGGUGGAAGUGUUUGCAGUUGGAGAAGCUAGGACUCACCGCACCAGAUGAGACGGGUCUGCCGGAGGCUGCGAACACAAAGCAGAGACAGACAGUAAACACACGCAGAAGUUAAACUGUUUUCCUGGAAAGUCCUCCAUUUUUUUUCUCUCUGGUUUCGCACACUAAACAAUCACUAGCCCCGCUUCUCAUCACUUGUCAUGUCGGGGAGCUCCUUUAAGGAAGGGCACUGUAACUUGUUCUGUGUUGAUGUUUUGCGUCUCACUUCGGUCUCUGUCUGGUCUGUGGUUUUUGAGUUUCUUUGAACUGCCGUGUAAUCUGUACCCAUGGUUCUGUAUAUUUUCAUACUAAAAAAUAAAAUAAAAAUUUGACAAG